AUGUCACAACGGUCCAACGCUUCUGCAGCCAAAGCUGCUCAGAACCAACAGAUCAUAAAGGGCUUAUUGAAGUUGACUUGCAACAAGACAUGCGCAGAUUGCAAACGGAAUAAACAUCCAAGAUGGGCUAGUUGGAACAUUGGCAUUUUUAUAUGUAUCCGUUGCUCUGGAAUUCAUCGAGGCAUGGGAACCCAUGUUAGCCGUGUUAAAUCCGUUGACCUGGAUUCCUGGACCGAUGAACAAUUGCAGAGCGUGGUGAAAUGGGGUAACGCAAGAGCUAAUAAAUAUUGGGAGGCAAAGCUUGCUCCUGGCCACGUUCCCUCCGAAGCGAAAAAUGCUGAUGGACUCUUUAGAAAAAUAGAGAAUUUUAUAAGAACGAAGUAUGAGUCAAAGCGAUGGGUAAUGGACGGACCCAUGCCUGAUCCAUCUACAAUUGAGGCUGAUGGAGAUGAUGACUUACCGCUAGCUGUAGUUCAAGAAAAGGCGAAACUCGAAAGAUCAGUGUCACAGCGAGCCGCCUCUACAGCCCCUCGCCCUUCAGCGACUACCCAACGGCAGUCUGUGAAUUUCUUCGAUGACGAUACGCCGGAACCUCCUAUGAGACCCAAGACGACCGACAUACCUGGCCCACAUGCGACAGCAAAGCCAUCUUCCCCGGUAGCUUCUUCCAAGCCUAUCAAGUCCGGUGACUCCUUGCUGGGCUUGGACUUCUUUGGCAGUUCUCAGCCAGUCCCAGCAAGCAGACCAUCGAGCACACCGUCUGGUCCAGCUAGUACAGGUUCUUCUAGACCUGAUCUGAAGCAAUCUAUCUUGUCUUUAUAUGCAUCUGCGCCAAAGUCACAACCGACUCCUGAACAUGAUCGAACUGCUUCUUUUGGUUCUUCGGCUUCUUUCCAAUCUCAGCCCAAGUCACAGAGUAAUGCUUUCGGAGGCCUGACGGAUGCUUUUAGUGGACUAAGCUUUCCGUCUGUAUCCUCAACUACCAAAAGAGAACCAUCGUUUUCUGCAUUUGAUUCUUUAGGCGCCGUUUCAUCUCCUUCCGUCCAACCAACCACCUCCUCUUCUUCUCCUUUGGGUGGCGGCGGACUGCUUGACACUAUGGCUUCCAAGCCAGAAAAUAAGACACCUCAAUCCAAGUCUCCAUCUAUCUCUUCGGGAAACACUGGGACUGGUUUUAAUUUGAUUGACGCAACAAUGGGAUCGGCCAAGGCCCCUCCCACCACCUCUAAAAAUGACAUGCUUGAUAUUUUCUCCUCACCGCCACCUAAAUCUUCCCCCCCAGCUACGUCACCUCCGGCUUCAAACUCUAUGAACUCUGUUUUCAAUCUUUCAUCUCCCAAACCACAGCCUGCAGCGCAAGCUCCUUCAACUAGUACCGCAGCAGCAGCGAGUAUGAUCCCAGCUACCAGCUUGGAUCCAUGGGGUGGCAAUGCCUGGUCCGCUGAACCGUCACCACCAAAGACUCAACCCACAUCGACCAUGAAAGUUCCUGAUACCUUGACGGCGAACGACAUCGGUGGUGGGUGGGGCAACCUAUCUGGUUUUGGUCAAACCACUGCCCCCAAGCCAACACCCGCUGUCACUUCAGACGAGGACUUUGGUGGUUGGACGAGUGCUGUUCCAAACGAUCCCCCAACUUCUGCAGCGAAACCUAAACCCGCCGGGGGAUUUGGAGGAAACGAAGACUUGUUUUCGAACGUUUGGGAGUAA